CUUCUUUCUCUUUAAAUACUUUUUUCUUUAAGUAUUUUUUUAAAUUAUCUUUAUUUGUUCUUAUAAAGUUAUUUUUAUAACAAGAACAAAUUUGAUAAUUUCAUAAGAAGUAGACGAGGCAACCAACAAGAAAUUAAAAACAUUGCUUGCGGUUACCGACCCGAUAUCCAAACCCGGUGUUUGGUUUCAAUUUGUUUGCUAUCGGCUUCUUGCUUAAAACCCUAAGCCAUUGAUAAACAAAAGGAAUCUAAAUACAAAGAGAGGAAAAAAAAAAAACACGUUUCAAAUGGCAAUGAGAUCAGCACUGAGUCGAUUCAACAGUGCGACACGGUAUCGAUCAAUGGAAUCAACUCGUGGUGCGAUUCGGUACUUGAGCGAUGAUAAGGGUCGGAUCCUGAGCGAGGAGGAACGAGCUAAGGAGAACGUUUACAUCCAGAAAAUGGAGAGGGAGAGGCUGGAGAAAAAGAAGAAGGCUGAGAAGGAGAAGGCAGAGAAAGAGAAAGAGGGUUCUCAGAAGGUAUGACUGAGCCACUGAAGAGGCUCACAAGGGUUGACUGGAUAAUCUGUAGUACAUUAUGACCUCUUUGCUUUGAAAGUGAUAAUGACGAGUAAUGCAAAUAAAUGUUGUGACGCUUGACUCUUGAUGAGAUUGCUUCUUGUACAGGGUGUGACUCUUUCUGAUAUCUAAUCUCCAAGCUAGUAGCAGAUAAUCUUAUUUUAUGUGGUUGUUAAUCAGUCGAGAUGCCUUUUUAUUUACUUGAAAUAAAAUUGGUUUGUCACUCAUGCUGCUGCUGGUGGAUUUGUUGUAAUCUUCUUUUUGCCUCACGUGUUGAUAAUUACGAUGAAAAUGCUGCUAAUAGUUUGAAUAUAGCAGUUCAUGUUUUCGGUAA